GCACAAUGCUGGGGAACGUUCUCAGAGGGGGGUGGUCGGUAUAAAUAGGCGGCAUGUGCGACCGUGGAACAUCAUCAUCUGCGUCUGCAGCCACCUCCAGCGUCACCAUGGGCAGGAUCACCUUCUACGAGGACAAGAACUUCCAGGGCCGCAGCUACGACUGCAGCUCCGACUGCUCCGACUUCUCCGGCCACCUGAGCCGCAGCGGCUCCUGCCGUGUGGAGAGCGGCUGCUUCAUGGCGUACGAGCGCCCGGCCUACGCCGGCUCCCAGGUGUUCCUGCGCCGCGGCGAGUACCCUGACUUCCAGCGCAUGAGUAGCAUGAGCGGCAUGAUGGGCAUGACCAACAUGGACAACGUGCGCUCCUGUCGCUUCAUCCCCAUGCACAGGGGCCAGUUCAGGAUGAGGAUCUACGAGAAGGAGAACUUCGGCGGGCAGAUGCACGAGAUGAUGGACGACUGUGAUAACAUGAUGGAGCGCUACCGCAUGUCCGAGUGCCAGUCCUGCAACGUGAUGGACGGCCACUGGCUGAUGUACGAGCAGCCUAACUACAGGGGCAGGAUGAUGUACAUGAGGCCCGGAGAGUACCGCAGCAUGAGGGACAUGGGCAUGAGCGGCUCCACUCGCUUCAACUCCUUCAGGCGCAUCAUGGACAUGUGUUAACUGACACUCAAAUAAAACCUAUUUUGAAGUG